UUGUUACGUCGGAGGAAAGCGUGGAGGUCGCCGGACCGUCUCGCAAACAGCGCCUUCCCAAUUCUACCACUUUGGAUUUUGUCCCAAGCCGGCCUCCAUCAUUUCAUGUCACGUAGCCACGUGACCAAAACAUAACUUUUCCCGCGAAAGCCACUGUUCAGCGCCGGUAAGGGCUCGGGUUCGUGUGUGGCGAUUCGGUUUGAUGAUGUUCUGUGAGAAAGCCGUCGAAUUGGUCCGGGAGCUGCAGCGGCUGAGCGAUGGACAGCUGCCCGCCUUUAACGAGGAUGGACUCCGGCAGGUUCUACAGGAGAUGGAGUCUCUGUAUGACCAGAACCAGGCUGACGUGAACGAGGCGAAGGCGGGGCGCUCCGAUUUCAUCCCCUCCAUCAAGCUCCGACACAGCUGCCUGCUCCGAAACCAGCGCUGUGUCACCGCCUACCUUUAUGACCGGCUGCUGAGGAUCAGAGCACUCCGCUGGGAGUACGGCAGCGUGUUGCCGGCAAACGUCCGCUUUCACAUGUGUGCAGAGGAGGUGGAGUGGUUCAGUCAGUAUAAGAAGUCUCUGGCCUCCUUCAUGCGCUCCAUCGGGGGAGGGGAGGGUCUCGACAUAACACAGGACAUGAAGCCCCCAAAGAGUCUGUAUAUUCAGGUGAGGUGCAUUAAGGACCAUGGCGAGUUUGAAAUUGAUGACGGGACGAUUAUCCUGCUGAAGAAGAACAGCCAGCACUUCCUGCCGCGCUGGAAAUGUGAGCAUCUGAUUCGUCAGGGCGUCCUGGAGCAUGUGCUGUCCUAAAGUGGGCGGGGCUUUGUAGACACCCCUUCAAAGAACCAACUGUCCUAUGUUGUAAUAAAUCACUUUAAUAAACCAA